AGGGAAUUAGGAAAAGCAAAAAUUCUGUAUUUAGCUCCUUGAAAAUUCGCUACGUUUUCUCCCAUAUUAUAUGCUCUGCUCUGCUCGCCAGUUCCCAGUCGCUCCAUGAAAGAACCUUCCCUCUCCCUUUAUCCUCUCUAAACUUCAUUUCAAUUCAACCCUUUUUUUCUCUCUUGUUUUUUCAUUACUAAAUCGACUAAGGAACCUCUUUUUUUGGGUUCUUUUUGAAAAGCAAAACGCCCGAGCAUUAAUGGAGAAAAAGCAAGGUUUUUUCUCAGCUCUCAAAGAGGAAGUAAUUCGUGGGCUUUCACCUUCCCGCUCGAGGACCAACAGCCCCGGAAGAGCCCGGUCACCCAUUGCCAUUCUGUUGCGGAGAAAGAAAAGCGGCCACAACAACUACGGAGGCGCUUACCUGGCGCAACCGGAGCCCUUGACCGCGAGGUACGGUGUCGGGGAAGCUUUAGCUCCGCUCAUGGAAGGUCCCGACCCGGACGGAGGUGAAACCGGGGACUCCAAGAGGCUUGGGUCGGGGCUAGGACAAUGGGUUAUGGGACAGUUAUCGAGGACUCCAUCCAUGGCUUCCUUGAGUUGCAAAAGGUCCGAUCUAAGGCUGUUGCUCGGGGUCAUGGGUGCACCUUUGGCUCCUGUUCAAGUUUGCUCCACUGACCCUUUGCCUCACUUGAGCAUCAAAGACACUCCCAUUGAAACUUCCACUGCUCAGUACAUAUUGCAGCAGUAUACAGCUGCUUCCGGUGGUUUGAAGCUGCAAAACUCUGUUCGGAAUGCGUAUGCAAUGGGAAAACUGAAAAUGGUAGCUUGUGAAUACGAAACUGCUGCGAAGACGGUUAAGAACCGAUAUGGCUCCAGAGGUGCGGAGUCCGGUGGGUUUGUGCUCUGGCAAAUGCAUCCGGACAUGUGGUAUGUUGAACUUGCGGUUGGGGGCAGCAAGGUUCAUGCUGGCUGUAAUGGGAAGCUUGUGUGGAGGCACACACCUUGGCUUGGUGCUCGCACUGCAAAGGGGCCUGUUAGACCCUUGCGUCGUGCACUUCAGGGUCUUGAUCCGAGAACUACAGCUAGUAUGUUUUCUGAUGCAAAAUGUAUAGGAGAGAAGACAAUUAAUGGUGAGGAUUGCUUCAUCCUCAAGCUCUGUACCGACCCCCAGACAUUGAAGGCAAGGAGUGAAGGCCCUGCGGAGAUCAUUAGGCAUGUCUUAUUUGGCUACUUUAGUCAGAAGACCGGGCUUCUGGUUCACAUGGAGGAUUCACAUUUGACUCGUAUUCAAUCCAACGGUGGGGAUACUGUUUAUUGGGAAACCACAAUCAAUUCAUAUCUUCACGAUUACCGUCCCGUGGAAGGUAUCAUGAUAGCACAUUCUGGCCGUUCUGUCAUUACACUUUUCAGGUUCGGGGAAGCUGCAAUGAGCCAUACGAAAACAAGGAUGGAAGAAGCUUGGACGAUCGAGGAGGUUGCCUUUAACAUACCAGGCCUUUCUGUUGAUUGUUUUAUUCCUCCAGGUGAUUUGAAAUCUGGAUCCAUCAGUGAAACCUAUGAGCUACCUCAGGACGAAACAGGGAAGAGUGGGAUCGCCUUAUCAGCAUAUCAUGCCAAAGUUGCUGCACUCGAGAAGGCACAGGAUAAUUGGCUGACAGUAUGAUUUGCAGGAUACAAGUCUGAAGAAGUGUAGAAUUCACAACUUAGCAAGUGCUCAAUUUGGUAGCUAGUUCAGUUGACUAACCCAUUAGAAAUUAAAAAAGAAGAAGGUAGAAGUCAAUUUUUGGACUUCGGUUUUAUGCCUCUAUUAAUCUGUAAAUAGAGCAUAAUGGUUCAUAUCGGGACCUCUAUGAAUCUUUAUACUCUCAAUGCAGAAUCCAACUAUGGAGAGUUGGAGCUCAGGUUUUCCAAUUAGGGAUAGAGCUAAUGGAGGUUGGUUUUUAGUUUACCCGGCUUUGAUGGUAAGUAGCAAAGCUACCCCAUCAACCCUUUUAUUUUUUCUAUAGUUACACUAACUAUAUAUAGUAUGGCAGCAUAAAGGAUGCUGCCAGUUUAACAGUAAUGUCUAGUUUUUUUUUUUUUUGAUGUUACAAAUUCUGGAUUUGUGAUUCAAAGUGUGAUGAUUUGGGUUGAAAGUUGUUUGGGGGGUUUGAGAGAAGGGAAAGAGAUUUUGCCAUUUUUGUGGAAAUGGUGAUAAAUAGGCAUAAUGGUAAAUGAGAUGGAACUAACUAUAUUUCUUACCUUCUGAAAGUUAUUCAAUGCUUUUGAUGAAUAUACAGUGAUCCCCAUAUUUCCUUCA